AUGGAGCGGGCCGCAGCCAGCAGGCUGCAGUCGCAGCGGGACAUGCUGCGGGAGCUGGAGGAGCUGGAGGCCGCCGUCCAGAGCGUGGCCAACGAGCUCAAGUCGCGGCCGGCCAAGUCCACCGCCGCUCAGAAGUGGCAUUUCGCCCACGGCGUCGCGGCAAAGGCCCCCCGCAUCGAGGUCCUGGUUGGAGCGGAUUUCGUGCCAAAGAGCACCAUGAAAUUCUGGCUGACGGAGACGGUGCGGCUGGAGUGGCAGAAGGCCCGCGUCGACCUGGGCAACUCCCCGGUGAUCAGAGUGACCGGCGUGAGCGAGAACUUCGCCGACGGUCUCUUCGAUUUCGUGCCCGCGCAGAGCAGCAAGGGCGAGCCCCCGGUCUUCCAGCACCAGAGGCUGCGGAGUCUGUGGAUGUUCCUCGGCAAGGACCAGAAUUGGUGGAUCGGCAGCACCAGCGACAAGAGCGGCCGGACCCCUCGCGGCAUCGCACACAUGUGCGGGCCCAUCCAACCUGGCGUCGUCCCCAAGGCCGACAUGGCCUUCGCCGUCUCCGUGAACAACGCCUGGGAGCAGCGCAGGGUGCAGGUCGAAGUGGUUGACGGGCUGCGCGCCUGCGACUGCUGGGCGGAGGCGGCCCGCAAGGCGGGGCCGCUGGAGCUGUGGGGCUGCUCCGAGCUGUUCGGAGCCUUUGCCCCCGAGGAGGCGGGCGGGCGCGGGCGGCCCCCCGUGUACGGGCGCGGGCAGGACGGCGGCACGGUGCUCUUCCUGGGGCAGGACGGCUGCUGGUGCAUCGGCACCUCGGGCGAGGGCGGCAGGCUGAAGGAGGGGCGCAUCCGCAGCCUCCAGUCCGUGGAGCCAGGCACGCUGCCCGACGACCCCUCGAUCGCCUGGCUCGAGCGGGGGCCGCAGGAGUGGUCGCGCGCCUGCGGCCUCCGCUUCUGCGCCCCCGAGGCCGUGGCGGCGGCAUGGCGCGCGGCGCGGGAGCGGGCCGCCGCCGACCCAGUGAUGCGCCUGGAGGGCUCGCCGGGAGAGCUGGGCUACGACGGCCUGUACGACUACAUCGCCGAGGAGGGCCGAGAGGACGGGCCGCCUUGCUUCAUGCACCAGAUCAACCAGGAGCGCUGGGUCUACUUCGGGGCGGACGGCUGCUGGUGGGUCGGCGACAAGGAGUUCGUGGUCAACGGCCUGACGAAGGGGCGGCUAUGCACCAGCCCGGCGGGGGGGGGAGGAGAAAGGAGGAGGAAGGCCUUCUCCCCUCUCAUGUUCAGGAGGAGAUGA